AUGGCGCUGCAAGUCUUCCGUCUGAAUUUAGCACACGCCCAAAUUCAAGCUCAGACGCUGUGACAGUGUGUAUUGCAGUUUGACAUUUAGCCGUCUGCUUUCACUAUUGAGGGAUUACCGAUAGAUACAUAUAUAUAGUUGACCUGGUUUUCCGUUGGAUUUACCGUACCAAAGGCUUACAUCUCAAUUGUCAACAUGAGCUGCUGUUCCGGAAUAGCCAGGGCGCUGCUCAUCAUCUUCAACAUUGUCUUCUGGUUGUCCGGCGGGGCAAUCCUUGGUGUCGGAAUUUGGUUUCUGGUGGACAAGAACAUCAGCAGCUACUUCACGGUGGUUCAGAUUGACACCAGCGAUUCCUACUUCAAGUACGCUGCCUACAUCCUCAUUGCGUUUGGAGCUUUCGUCUUCCUCGUGGGAUUCUGUGGCUGCUGUGGCGCUAUCCGUAGCAGCAAAUGUCUCCUUGGCUUCUAUGUUUUCUUCCUCAUCCUCAUCAUCGGUGGGGAGGUUGCUGCUGCUGUUCUCAUGAUCCUCUACAGAAUGGAGGUUGAGACAAAAAUUGACUCAAUCCUGGAGAAAUCAGUGAAACAGAAGUACACCAACAGCUCCACCUUGCGGGAUGCCUGGGGCCUCAUCCAAAUCAAGUUUGACUGCUGUGGCUACAGUGGGCCUGAUGAUUACAUGAACAAUGAGUACCUGGUGAGCAAGGGGCUGAGCAUCCCUCGUUCAUGCUGUGUGCUGACCAACAAAGCAACAGCGAUGGAAGAAGUGAAAUCAGCCAACCCCAAGAACGCCUCCGAAUGUAACAGCAAGGUAGCAGGCUUCUACAAUGAAAAGGGCUGUAAGAAGACUCUCCUUGACAUGGCUCUUCAGUACACGAACAUCCUAAUCGGCGUAGGCAUUGGCGUCGCCUGUCUCGAGAUCUUCGGAAUCGUGUUUGCCAUCUGCGUGUGUCGACGUGUUGACAAGGACGAUGGCUACCACUGAGGAUGAUACAGACCAGAUGGUGCCCGCCAGUGGUUACCAUGACAACGCACUCAGUCACUGUCGCCUUGACAUUUUGCACUCUUGGUCGUUUCCGACAUCAUCUGCUCUCAUCCAGAACAAAUUGAUAAGGAUUUCAUAAUGAGCAAGUUUUCCAUAUUUUGCCGUAUGAUAUAUUAAUUGUGUCAUAGAAACAUGGAAUGGUUGUAUUUUAUGAGUGGUCCUGAAUUUGUGAACAUUUUUCAUUUCAUGAAUAAUCUUCAAUAUUUUCCAUGACCCAUAUUUGGUAUUCAACAUUUGAAAUUGUUUUCCAGGAUGACAGAUAAUGAGGUAAAAAGUCGCUCAUUUUCCUUCGCUCCUUUCCACAGCAUUGUUAACUUUUAUAUAUCACGUUGUUUCAAUAGAAUCGUAAAAAGCUGUUUAAAUGUUUGAAAAUCUGCUGAAAAUACUUUCAUUGUGAAGUGACACAAGAUUGUGCAUUUGAAAAAAGUGACUGUUUUUGUCUGGGUAUCUCUGAAAUAUGAUCGUCAGAAGACAAUUUACCAAAUGGUUUGGCUUUUAGCUGUAAAGAACCAUUCCUCCGUUGGUUUUUUUCCAAGAAAAAAUAUUGAUAUUGUCAAAUUUAUAUACAUAUAUAUAUUUAUUACUAAUAAUAGUUGACUACACUUCCGAUAAAUCUGGUUCAGGCAACUGUUAUGUUUCUUAAACAGAUAUUGAUUUAAUUACACUAUUCCGGGUUUAAAGAUUUCAAAUAUUUUUUUGGCCUAUUUCUUUGUUUGAGUCCAACAAUUUAAGCCUGUUACGUGAUGGUCAGAUACUUAAAAUAUGAAAAACGGAAUUGUAAAAAUUUUGAAAUUAGUAAAAUUUAUAAACCUGUAAAGUAUUGUUAUAUGUGAACUUUUGUAAUCUAUUUAAAUCUGUCAUAGGAGAAAUUUGAAUCUCAACUUGAUAAAAAAAUAAAUAUGUAUGUCAAGGAGAUAGUUUUCAAUAGAUCUUAAGUGUCGAUGGAAGUGUGGUCAACUUCUUGAGUGACAUCUGUCUCAUUGAACGAGACCAAAUUUUUGUCUUUAUAUACAUGUAGUUACGAUAUAUAUAUUACGAUAUUCUAUAUAUUUCUAGUGGUAUUGUUGUCGAGAGUCUCACCGUCAUUAAAUUCCCUUGUAUGUGCCUAUUGUGGUUUUGAAUGUAUAACUAGAACUUGUUAACAAACAUGUGUACAUAGAUUUAAUUCCAUACAUUUAUAUUGAUCUUCUCCAAAAAGUUUUUAAAAGGCACCUAUUUCUUAAAAGUUUAAAACAGAGCAGGUAAAAAACUGGAUAAGAUAAAAAAAAUGUAGGUAACUUAAAGUGUGAUCUUGCUAAAUUACUUGAGAGAGCAAGUGAGAAAAAACAAGUCAAUCGUUCAUACUCUUGUAAAAAACAAGUCAAUCGUUCAUACUCUUGUAAAAAAAUCCAUACGUCCUGCACCAUCAUACCUUGGUUUAAAUUUAAGAGAAUUCUAUUAGAAGAACAAUGUGAAAUUUUUGUAUUUGUCUUCAAUGAAUGCUUCAAUUUGACCUGCUCCCAACUGUUAUGUUACCUGUGAUAAGCCCACGCCUGGUAAUAAGCCCAUCCCUGAUAAAACAGAUUUUUCAUGAUAAUUGAAGUCAUAUCUGUAAUAUACAUAUUUCCUGCAAGUACAAACAUGUUUGGGAAUUUUUCAUGUGAUCCCUAGAGAUAUUGAGUUCAUUUAUGCACAGCAGUUAUUCAAAAAAUAAUAAUUUGUCAAAAUAUAAUUCCAACUAAGUGUUUCCCCUACAGAAACAACAAAAUUUAACCUAAACAAUAUCUUUUGGUUUAACAUUAUGUCAAGUGUGGGCUUGUCACUGUAACUUACGGUAACGUGUGUGUCAGGGAGACGACACAAUCAUCAUGUUACCUCGCCAUACAUGGUAUGGAACAACAUUUAAAUCUACCCAAUAUUUACACCGUCUAGUGAGCUACAUGUCGGAACAUAUAGCUGUGAUUCGCAGCAUUCGUAGAAAAUGUUAUAUAAUAAUGUAUUUGAAAACCUUUUUUUUUUACAAUUAUAAAUUGUAUUUUAAAUUUUUUGGACUUGUAGAAGAGUUGUGUUUUUGUUGAGAGUUAACUGAUAUUUUUGUAUGGUGAAGUGAUGUCAACAUGAUUUUUUGUCCCGUUGUUGUUACAAUUCAAUGAAAACGAUGUUUAUAUUAUAGUCUAUAAAGUUUUUGCCAUUUAUCCCCCCGUUAUCUGUUUUAUUCUUAAGGCAUGUACAAUAUUUAUAUAUUAAUGUUAAUAAAAAACCAAAACCUUCAACCCAAUGCAUGAUACACUGAAACAGGUGGAGCUGUUUUUGCUCAUCACUUAUUGAGUAGAAAUCAAGGUUAUUUACCAUUGUUUAUUCAAUAGAUCUAAAUGUACAAUAUCUCUAUCAAAAAUAUGAGAAAAAGCUAGAUAACAUUAGGAUGUAGAAAACCAACAUGGAGGUGACCCAAUACUUUUCGCGUUCUUGUUUUUGGGUCGAACAAAACCACUUUGGUGAAAUCCGAGUGCGCUAUCCAAAGUGCCUCCCAACCACUAUGUACAGACCUCUGCAUGCAGUUAGAAGUUAAUAAAUUGACAAUUCUUAUCUGAUAUAUCCGGACACUUGUAUCAACCCUUUUCGGAGGUUUCUGCGAAAAGUGCCUCUUAGAUUAACACUCCUGAAAAUACUGAAAAUUAUUAUCAAGGGAUCCGCCAAUUAUGUUUAUGACUGGGAAUUUUUAAAAAUUCCAGGUAGAGAUCAUGUACGUUUAGAGAAACAUGAUUUCCUUGUUAGGCCUAAGAAUUCCGCCUCUAGUAACCGUUAACAAAAGCAUAUAUUUAUCUAUGAACACUGGUAGUUGUAAUCUCUAGAAGGUUUAAUUUUUUAACAAAAACAAAAUACAGAAAACAAAUUAAAUAAAAAAAAAAUGCUAUGUAAAUGUAAAUCUGACGAUAUGUAUGCUAGGGCAAAUAUAAAAAUGUAUGGACGUCUGUAGCUACCUCGUAUGAUGAAAUUCUUGUCCAGAAUAAAUCUGAAUCACUGACUUAAUGGAUGUUGAUUUGAUGAAAAAAUUGUGAAUUUUUAUGAAUUUUUCAAUUUUAAAUGAAAAUUUAACUUGUUCAGGAAUUUGAUGGUUGAUCAUGAAAUUAUAGUUUACAAUAAGUUGUUAUAUAUUAAAAAAAAUAUGAAGCUCAUUAUUUAAAAGCAUGCUUCAUAGGGGGAAAAUGUGAAUUAAUAUAAUAGUAUUUAUAGCACACAACGCUUCUGACGAAAACUGUUUUUAUGCAUCAAUAUGAGGUAGACUGUUUCAUCUUGCCAUUCCUUGCGAAAAGGAAUCGAUAUUAAAUUAUGAAUUGAAUAUUGUCUUAAUUUCAGUUUAAACCAAACCUGUUUUUCUGUCCAUGUAUGGUGCGAACCAGUUGAUUAGAUAGUUCAUAUAAGGCCUGUACAUUAUGCAAGAUAUUGUUUAAAAACGCUUUCCCUGUAUUUGUCUGUUAAAAAGGUUGUCGUCUUCAGCAGUGUUUACUGUAUUGUUGUCAUCAUCUGUGGUGUUGACCUCUGACCUUGUGUUGUUGUCAUUGUCUUUGGUGUUGACCUCUGACCUUGUGUUACACAAGGACCAUUCUGUCUUGGCAGUCAGGGUACUAUGUUCAUGUCUCGGUGUAACCUGUCUAACCUGAACCCUACCAUCAUCAGAACUUCUGUUCAGUAUACACAGGCCUUCAAAAAAUAUAAAAGUUUUCUUUACUAAAAGAAGAAUUUUAAUUUACGCCUGUAAUGUAUGAAACGACCUAGUUGUGAAGGUUUGUUCAGUUUAAACAGGUUUCUAGAGUAUACAGGGAAUCAGUUUAGGCAGGUUUAUACUGUUUGAUAUGUAGAUCACUUUAUGUCUCAUCUUUUACCAAGUUGUUUAGAUUUUGUUUACCUGGUACGUAUUUCACAAAAACACUGUAUAAAAACAUCAAAGCAAUCAGUAUUUUGCUCUGAAUUUAUUUUGGCACCAAAAAACUUAUAGUUGCAGGAUCAAAACGAAUUGUCAAGUCCUAUAUACAAAUCGUAUAUAUCUUCAUUAAUUUCUUCCUAUAGAUCAGGGCUCUAAACUUCACAUAUGAUUUGAAAUUUGUUAAUAAAUCAUUUCUUCAAUUCCAGAUUCUAAGAUAUAUUGGUUUUGUUUUGAUUCUAUUUUGUAAUAUAAGUCAGCAUAAUAAUAUGUAGGCAUUUCUAUUUCAUUUUUUCAGGAUCUUUUUUCCUUCGUUAACUAAUGCAUAAUGUAUAUCUGAAAUGGCCAUACAUGAACACAAUGUGAAUGUGCUGUCAGAAAUGUUUUCAAUUAAAACCAAGAUCAAAGAACCAUUUUGUAAGCUGUUUGUGUAAUAUUUAUUAACAGAUAAAUAUAUAUAAGAAUCUCUGGACAGUAAAUGUUUUCAAAACCAGAAAUACAAGACGUCACUAGCUAGAAAUGAUGCAAGGGAGGUAACUUGACAUGUAAUGUGUAAUAGAGCUUUAACUUCUCUGUACAUUGAUGUUACAUAUUUAUAUUACAAUACAAAACAUCACUUGUAUAAAAUCAUUUUAUUAUUUACCAGAAAAAAGUAUUCUUGCACUUCAAUUCUUUGAUAAAGUAAACGAAAUAUGUUGUACAGUAUUUUCAAAACCUACUCAAUUAGAUUUUUACAGAAUUCUACAUCUUAUUCUUUUUUUAUUCUAAGUUAUUUUUGAAAGCUCAAAUGUUUCAUGCAUAAUGCUUUACACUGUAUGAUUGUUUUGUAGAUAAUCAGUCCGACUGUGUUGCGUUGUCUCAGUUGUAAUUGAAAUAGAUACAUUUAUAUACUAGCUUAUGUACCGAAGUAACCGAUUCAGCUCAAAGAUUAAAUAUUCGUAACAUUUUUUAAGUUUGAUUGUGUGGUUUUGUUAUGUUUUGCUAUGUAUAUAUAUACAUUUGUUCACAAGCGUCACUUUGCAUUAAAAUAGGAAAGUUCAAAUCGUUCUAGAAACAUCAUAAUUGAAAUAGAAAAUAAAUAUGGUACCUCUGUACCUAGCUUAUCUAGUCUGAAUGUCAACAGGUUUUCACCGUGUUUUACUGUAAGUGACGUGGUGGUAUAUGGUAGGCUUUAGUAACUGGUUACAGUUUUAGUGAAUUUUCAUAAGCUUUAUGAUCAACUCAUUGCUAAUUUAGACUUACGUUUUUUUCAUUAAUAUUCAAAUUCAGUUUAAACCAAAUGUUGAAUGAAUAUAAUAGGAUUAUAUAAAAAAAUCAUGUCCUAGGAUUGAAAAUGAUAUCUUUCAAAAACAAAAUUGAUAAAAUCAAGUUUGAUAACAAAAAUUCAGUUGAUAGGUAUUAAAUAUCCACAUCAGAAUUUUUUCUUCUGCCUUGUAUUUAAAAAAAAAUCGAAUUGUAUGAAAAUUAAGUACUCCCUUAAAACAUCCUGGGAUUAAAAGUGAUUCACAACCUUAAGACGGAAAAAACAGUUAACCCAAUUAUUUUGCUGUUUUGUUCCUUAAUAUUCGUUUUUAAUAAUUUCAUUAAUUUCAAGCUACUGGGCUUGACAUGUACAUGCAUUGCAUAAAGAUAAAUAUUCGUUUUAAAGCAUAUUUAUGAAAUUCAAAACAUAAUUAAAGGUUUCGAAUAUUGUCUGCAUGAUAAAAAUGGAAAUAGCUAUUAAAAGCAUGUAGUGGCUUUUAGGUUGACGUAUAUUUAGACAGUAAGCUGUAUGAGUGAUGUAUACAUACUAUCAUUGUCCGAUAGUAUUAAAAAAAAAAAAUUUGCUCCCAUUAAUAUGCUACUUAAAGUCAUCUUCAUGAGAAUUUCAAUUCUCAAAUAUUCUGAAAAAGUAACUGAAAAAAGUUUUUUUAUAAAAUAGUUAUAAUUUUUUUUUUUGAAGGCUUGUAUUAAGACUACAGUGUAUUUCUGUAACAUACCUGGUACAUUAUUAAAAAAAAUACCUCGAAGAUCUGGUGGAAAAAUAUGAACGGAAAGUGAACAAAAAAGCCUUCUACUGAUAACUGUGACUUGUGAAAAUAUUUGAUCUGAGUGUGUUUGAUAUAAACACGUAAUGAAGACGAUAUUAUCUGUAGGCUAUACAUUAGGGCACACGUUUUGUUGUAUUCUGCACUGGUGCACAGGUCAAGCAAUGUUGUAGUUCUCCCGACUGACCACCUGUAGCUGUUCAUAUAAACAUCAUUCCAGGUAUUUUUACAUGUGUUCUUUUGAGAAUUCAGGAAUAAAACUUUUUUUAGAAUAUA